AAGACAUGGAGUGUCGUUUGGGUUAUACACGGCGUUGUGAGACAAGAAUUUGGGUUCUGGACGAGAUUGCUAGAACUGGUAUGGUUCUAGCAGAUGUCAGCAAGGACACACGGGCAGGAAACCUGACAUAUUCUGAUGAGGACAAGUCAUCAAUAUAUCUGUUUCUUGACAUGAUUGCAGAAGUCAAGGGUUGAGUCUGAUUUCGACAUCUGCGUUCGCGUGUGGAUUGUUUUCGUUGCAUAGGAUGGUUGCGUUUGAUAGUAAACGAGAGAUCGCGCUGCAUCGCCGAUGCGCCCGCGAUGCACCUCAAUGUGGAGCCCAGUUUUCUCCAUGCUGGCGGAGCCGAUGCGUCGGCGAUGCGGCCCUAUCCUCCGUCCUUGUCCACUCGGACCCCACCUGGGAGGCCUACACUACCACGUCAUCCACCCGGCUCAAACCGCAAGGUGCCGCUUCAUCCGUCAUUCUGACUAGUAGCCAGUCGCACUGGUUGGUCAUGGAGGCACCCUUGGCGAUCCAAGUUGUUGUGGAGGCCUAAUCCGAUAGCCCUUAUAACGGCGACGAUGGAACACAGUGCCGGGGAACUGCUUUGAACGCGUUCAAAGCAGUGCCGGGGCACUGCUUUCGAUCGUCGCCUCGUCGCCGUUAUAAGGGCUAUCGGAUUACGUCUCAAGCGUCGCCCCUAGUGCGCCUGCCUUCGGUUUCUUGACCCUGAUACCGUGGAGCUCGCAGGACCAGCCAGCCAACGUGCUGGCCCCCGAGGCAGGCUAUGGAGAAAUGAGCCGGGACAGCAUCGCCCAGAUGGUGGAGCUCAGAGCAGGAAAAGGUACCCAUACCCUUACCAUAUCUUGGUUUUCCCCUUUUUGGGUCUCCUGGGCGGCCCUCGUCGCCACCGCCGGAUUCGCCUCGAAGCCCUGGUCAGAACGCAUCCCGGGAGAGGUUUGGGGAGUAGCGGUAUCGGUACCUUUUGGUAUCCCCAGGAGCAGCACGAGGCCGUGGUAAUCCCGUCCGUGUACAAGACGAAGAAGGAGCAGGGGGGGGUGACGCGUCUCUUGGGCUAUCUGAGGGCCGCGCACCCUGACGCGUUCGUUUUUUUAGUGCAGUUGCCAGAUCGGUUCGGUACCGAGCUGACCAAGGACUGCCUCCGUGAAUUGAUGGUGCGGCAUGAUGCGCUCUACAGCUUUGGGGCGAGCGGCGUGCUGAUAGAGCUGGAGGUUGACCCGCAGGGCUUGCAGCAGAAGGUACGUCUGCAGCUUAUGGAGAAUACCGUGGUCCAGCAACGCGUCGACAGCAUCUUGAUAACGGAAGGACUCUCUUCCGGCGAGUGCCAGACCAUCGAGGAGGAACACGAUUGUCUUCUGUGGGAGACCAUCCCGAAGUUGCUGAUGCCCGGCUUCCCUGCUCUAGACGGGGGCUUGCUGGAACGAGGGGGCCAGAUCGGGGAGUUCCAGCUGGUGCGACAGUACACAAGUCAUGAACACAUUUGCUUGGCGGUUAGCGGGCAGCACGAGAAUGUCUUGGUCAAGAUGCGCAACAAGCGUAGCGUCACGGUUGCCGAGGAGGUGGAGAGCAUCUACCAGGAGUUCUGCCUCUUGAAGCACACCCUCGACCACCCAAACAUCAUCCGUUGCUUAGCAAUGUUGCACAGCCAGUCCCACGUGUACCUGGUGUUCCAGUACGGCGGCGACGCAUGCAUGGAGCAGGUGCUCUCGACUCAUCCAGGCUACCGCUUGUCCAGGGACGAUGCCUUGGACUGCACCAUCCAGGUCGCGAGUGCUUUGUCUCAUUGCCACGCCAAUGAUGUUACUCACGGGCAGGUGUCGCCGAGGCACGUGUCGGUAGAGAUGGCGAAUCAUCGGCUCAUCUGCCGCCUGGUGGACUUCAGCAUGGCAGCCCGCAUUCCAGACGGCCACACGCGGCAGGGCCUGUGCGGCUCUCUCCCGUGUGCCGCUCCGGAGACAGCGCUGGAGGAGCCGUACUGGCCCAAGCCGGCAGACUGCUGGAGCCUAGGCGUGGUGCUCCUUGAGGCCGUUGGCGGGCAGGGCACGCUCAAGCUGUCGGUGCGGUGGCGCCUUGGCGCAUCGCUCGCGCAGGCCGUGCGGAUGAUACUCGAGUUCUUCGCCCAAGCCGGCCCCCACGCCCAGGCGAUGGCGAGAAUGGGCGGCGUGCACGACGAUGCGUCGUUGGCGUGCCUGGAGGCCUUGCUGAGGCCGGAGCCCCUCCGUAGGGCGAGCGCCUCCGACGCGUUGGAGUUGCUGUUAGCCAGGCGCGUGUAACUAGGCUUCUAUUCUGGUCGGACGAGUGGGGGGGGGAGGAACCUAUCUCAGUCGGCCUUCCUCCAAGCAAGGGGGAAUAAUCCAGACACGUGUCGGCCGCGUUUCUGUGGGUGAUGCGCGCAUGCCUAUCGGCGCGCGUAAGGGCCUUGGGGCGCGGCAAGCACUUGGUCCUGAUGGUCCUGGGUGCGUUCGGCGCCACCCUCUCAAACUGCGUUUCACUCUUGCUUUGCCAGGCGCGCGAAUGACCUGCCGUGCCGCCUAAGCUCAGCCCAGUUUUAAUUCCUGCCUACUUCAACUCUGCCCUACAACGCAUACUUGGACGGAGUCGAAAUCUUUUUGUUCGCCUGGAAGGUGAGCUACCUUCGCUUGUCCUCAGCGCUUUUAUUCUCGCAUACAUGCGCGUUCGCUCGCAAAGGUUAUCCGAACCUGCUACGCGUAUGUUGGGACGUUGGAGGGCUUGUUGCCCCAGUUUGUGCAAAGCGUUUUGAUUCAAUGGCUCCACAGGUCAUUAAAUCCUGUGACGUUCUGUACCACCGUUUUUGACUGGUCCUAGCCAGCCAACUUGCAGCUAACUUGGUGAUUCUGAAGACGUUCAAUCAGUCUCCCCCCGAGGGGAAGAAGUGGGUUCGCAGAUCCAGCUCACUGGACCGCCCUCUCCUAGGGGGCUGGUGGGAUCUCUCUCGCCAAUGGGCAGUGCAGUUGCUCAUGGUCCCUCUCGAUGCCGAUCGCUACGCUGGAGGCAAGCCUCGCCUUUGGCCAUCAAGUGCGAGCAGCUCGCAGUUUGUGAGCAGCUCGGAGCGUCCAUGUCUAUUUUUUUUUUGUUUCUCUCUCUCUCUCUCUCUCUCUCUUCUUCGCUGUAUCACUCUCUCUCUCUCUCUCUCUUUUUGUCUUUCUCUCUCGCUCACUCUCUCCUCGUACAUGUUCUCUCUCUCUGUCCUCUCUUUGCGCUGCUGCGGCGGAGACUUUCGUGUCUGCCCUGAUUUCUUGGCGCAAGCAGUCGCAUGGCAAUUUUUGCCGCGUCUUGCGUGGCACCAUUGUGGCAGUGAGGGCGUCGAGCUCAAAGUCCAGUAGGCUAGAGCUUUGAGCGACAAUAAUUUUCAAGCGCACUCCCAUACUGGUGGGCGCAGCGCCGUGUCGGUGGUGUGCAUGCACAGAGGCUGGUAGGAGCCGCCCUAUUCCCUCUCUGCAGUGCUGCUUUCUGAACCCGAAUCAAUUCUGAAAGGGUGUUCGCAACAGCCCAACCAACAACGUCGUGCGUGCGAGUUGGCAGUCCCACGCCGCACUGAACACCGGCAGACU